AUGGCGGACAAAUUGGUCAAGAAAGGAAUGAAGAUUGAAAGAUCUCAGCUGGUAUACUUAUACUCGUCAUAUCUGCCUGUGAGACCUGUAUUCUCCAGACAGGCCAUACGGAGUACUGCUUUUCAUAUGCAACCAAACAGCAUGCGAGAAUACUCCGUACAGUCGAGAUAUAUACACGUGACUUAUACCAUCCAACAAAACACAGCCAAAAAACCACCAAACCCAAACGCGAAUUCCCAGCUCAGUGCCAUUAAAAUGGGCCUGGAGGAUUCGUGCAUGCUGUGUGCCCAUUAUAGAGAAGAGGAAAACCCUUUCAUAGGAGAGAUUAAUAGGGUUAUUUCUGGGUCUAUGGAAGGUAGAAACCUACUGGGUGGACGUCAGAGAUCAUCACGCUCUCUAGAUGCGGAAUCUUACUACAACUCUAGUACCCAGCCAGGUAAUGGCAGAGGUAGUGCAUAG